ACAAGAGGAGGGAGGAGGAAAGGAGGAGGGAGAAGGAGCGAAGGAGACAAAAACAAGAAGACAAAGCAUUCCCAGGUUGGAGCAAGAACAAGAGUUGUCUGGUAAAGCUAACCUGGUUGCAGCGUCGCCAUGGGCAUCAUUCCAGUGGUCCUUCUCCUCUGUGGUCUCCACGCGCUCGGCGGCGAAGUCCGAGCCCAGGAGAGCGAGACCACCGAGGCCCCUGAUGGGACCCUCCCAGCCAACUGCAGGGAGGAGAUGUACCCCUGCACCAGGAUGUACUCGCUUCAUCGUCCAAUCAAGAGAUGCGUGGGCGGGCUCUGCCUCUACAGCCUCCCUCGCGUCUACGUGAUCAACAAUGAGAUCUGCACGAGGACGGUGUGCCAACACGAGGAGGAUCUCAAAGGUGAGCCAGCCAGGGUGUCAUCACCUGUCGUUCGCCCACACUCGCACCUUCUCUCUCUCUCUCUCUCUCUGUUUGUUUGUGUGAGACAGCUGAGCUGUGCAGGGAGCUGUCCGGGUGGCCCAGGCGCAUGCAGAGGUCAUCCAACAGGAAACGCUGUCGCAAUCGCCGUGGUCACUCCAAGACCUGGGCCAGCAAGGCCUGACAGUCCUAAGAUGGAUCCAGCAGUCAGUGGCCACACGCGUGUUGUCGUCACGUCUAUGUUUAUGUUUGCUAACCUGAAAUUGUCGGCCGGUCCUGAGCGUUCCAUAGAUCACAUCACGCACGCUUCUUUCUCCGGUCCACCAUAGCAGCACCCAUGCCUGCUCUCGUUCAUACUGGAAGGUGCUACCUCGGGGGUGUCCCAACAGACCUACAACUACAAUUGGACAAGGAACAACAGUAGAACUGGACAAAUCAGCGGCCAUUUCCCAAGCAUAAAGUCACAAUGCUACGAGGAUAGAGAAGAAAAUAAAAAUCCUCUUUAGUGGAAAAGAAGAAAGUGAAAAUAGUCGGUAAGAAGUUGAUAGCAAUACUACAUCAUAAAGCUUUCUCACUGAAAUAUAACCUGGGCGUGGACACCCCUGUACGUAGUGAUAAUGUAUGACUGUAUGUACUGUAUACGUGUACUGUAUACGUGUACUGUUGCAAUUAUACAGCCUGGAAGGAAUGAAAGCCACGGAGGUUGUCGAUGUGAUAGAUUUAUCUUUGCAUAUUUCCAUAUACACACAUUAGGGGGGGGGGGGAAUCAAACACUUAGGGUCAGUGUGUCCAUCUGCAUUGCACUUCUGUCACAAAACAAGCAAAUCCAUUUGCAUGUAAACAAUAACAACAAGUAGAAAGAAGAAGAUGAACACUAAGAAGAAGAAGAAGAAGAAGAAGAACACGAAGAAAGGAGAAGAGGAAUAACACUGCACUUUACAAAUACAAGCCUAGUCCCAACAUUGCAAUCCAAAACCUGGACUUGAGCACUGUUGUGUUUUCCUUCAGGUCACCCCCCCCCCCCCACCACCACCACCACCACCACCCCCGCUUUUUAGACCUGGUUUCGUCCGUGUGUCGCAGUGCACUGAUUUAAAUCUCCCAGUUUGGGACGGCAGCUCAUCAUCAUCUAUCAUGUCUUCACUGCUGGUAUUGCUGUGAUGCCCCAAGAGGCCACUAGAGGGUACUAGAGACAAGACUGCAAGAGUACAGUAUAAGCCGUUACUACAACACAUACUGGAGAAACAGACUGACUGUGCAAAAAAAAUAAACA